UAGUUUGACGCCGGUGCGCUCGCUCUCCCUCCGGCUCAGGUCAGCACGAGACCAACCGUCCUCAGCUUUAUUUAAAUUCACGUCAUUAACGUCAUUAACGUCAUUAACGGUCCGUUAACGGCCGUUUGUUGAAAUGUGACGAGUUAAAGUCAACAUGUGGUUUCCGGUGAUGACAGCGUGACGUAGGCGGAGCUACAGCUAAUACUAAUGCUAAUGCUAAUGCUAACUAGCUGCUGUAGGACGUUUAUAGAGGGAUGAGUCAGUGACGUCAUACUUUGUUUCCGGAAGUUGCCACUAAAUGUAAACACAAUAAUUAUUAUUAGUAAUUAGGGUUGAGGAAAGGACGGAAGCCUGAAAGAUGUUUACAGAUGUUUACAGAUGUUUACAGAUGUUGACGCCGUGGAAGUGAAGAAGUGACGCCAUGAUGUCACACACCAGGAGGGCGUGGUCUCUUCUCAGAGGCGGCUCAGGUGUUGGGUCCGGCUCCUCCUCCUGUGACGGAGGAGGUCUGGUGCUGCGCUCCCGGUCCACCGACGUGUACCAGAACCUGGCUCUGGAGGACUGGAUCGACGCCAACGUGGACCUGGAGCGGCGCGGCGUCCUGCUGCUGUGGAGGAACCGGCCGGCCGUGGUCAUCGGGCGCCACCAGAACCCCUGGGCCGAGUGCGACCUGGCAGCCAUGAGGAGGGCGGGGAUCCCUCUGGCCCGCAGGCGCAGCGGCGGCGGGACCGUGUUCCACGACCUCGGGAACCUCAACCUGACGUUCUUCGCCUCCAAGAAGGCGUACGACCGCCAGAGGAACCUGAAGGUGAUCACAGACGCUCUGAGGAGGAUCCGACCCGGACUGCAGGUCCACGCCACCGACAGGUUCGACAUCUUACUCAACGGACACUUGAAGAUCUCAGGCAGCGCGUCCAGACUGAGCAGGAAGUCGUCGUACCAUCACUGCACUCUGCUGCACUCCGCUGACCGCUCCGCCCUCGCCGCCGUCCUCCGCCCCUCCUGCCCCGGUAUCCAUAGCAACGCCACGCCCAGCGUCCCCUCGCCUGUCGCCAACCUGCUGGACCACGCCCCCUCGCUGCAGUGGGAGGAGCUGCUGGACGCACUGGCGAACCAGUACAAUGCAGAGUUCAGCUCCGGCGCCACGGCGACCCUCGUCGACCCCGCUGAUGAGUCGGCGUUUCCUGGACUCGGGCGGGUGGCGGCGGAGCUGCGGGACUGGAACUGGACGUUUGGUAAGACGCCUAAAUUUAGCGUCCAGACUGUCCUCCACCUGACUGACGACCACUCGCGCGCUCGCAGCUCCGCCCAGCUGCACAUGGAGGUGAAGAACGGCGUGAUCGAUAGCUGCCAGCUGGACGUUCCCGCUGACUGGCUCCCUCCGCGGCUGAGCGGCGAGCUGAGCGGCGUGCUGGUCGGCGAGAGGUUCUGCGGGCAUCGAGCGGCGGCGGCGGUUACUGCGCUGCUGCGGCCCGAGAGCGGCGAGCUGCGGCACAGACUGCGCAGCCUGUGUGACGCUGUGGUGUCUGUAAUGGGCUGACAUUAAACUGCUGCGCCCCCUGGAGGCUGCGGAGGUCAUUACAGCCGUAUGUUCAGUGAUAAACAUCAGUUUGUCCUGAAGGGGGCGCCGCAGGAAACAUCACGUGGCUCUGAUGUCAUAUUCACAUCAGUCCAAGUUGUGAUCGAUCCUUCUGGACGUCCAAUCACAGCCGAGAACCUCGGUCGACUCCCUCCUGUCCUGGACUGAGAGAUGCUUCUUAAGUUAGAGAACAUCAGCUGACUUAACAUGUUUAUUGUAAACAUUGAUUAGCUCUUUAAUACGUCAACAACAAUAAAAUGGGAUUAUUGAUGAGUUUCCA